GAUCUUCUGCUUCCUUCUAUUACUGCAACUCUCCCUCCUCCUGUUCUUCGUGCAUAUAUAACGCUUGGGUUUGAUCUUUGCAUCAAUUUGAUCGGAGCGAAGUUGAUGAUCAAUUGACCAUUUGACCUCUUUGCAAUUCUCUCAGGGUUUUACUCCUCAUUCACCUUUCAAUCUCUCGUUGUGUUACGCUGCUAAGUUCCUCAUUCUUUGCCCGCUUAGAUCGCUCGUUUUCUGAAUCCAUUACUUGUUUUUGCUGAUUUCGUCCCCGACAUUUGUGCGCCAGCUGGAGAAGAAGUUGAUACUCAAGGGUUGAUUUGUCUUAAAAGGAAUUAUUGAGCCAAUUUGGAUACUUUUGGAAGAAAUUGCAAGUGUAUGAUGAUAGGAUCUGGGAAUAAUUUAAAUCGAGGAAGUGCAUUCCUGCCGUCAAAUAUGCCAUCCUUGCCCCAGUGUUUACCGUUGGAGCCCAUUACAUUAGGUAAUCAAAAAAAUUGCUCCGGGGAGCUGAAAAGAGCUCUAGGUGUUUCUUCUGGAAAUGCAUUGGAGGACCGUCCUUUUGGAGUAAUCCAUCUGAAACGUCAACCUCCAGUUGCAUCAAAGGAGCUGAAGCAUUUUAAAGAUAGUGUGCAAGAUUCAUCUAGAAGGGCCAGGGAAAGAGCAGACAUGCUGAGUGAAUCCUUGUUCAAGUUGGAUAAAUAUAGGGAAGCCAUGAGCUCAAAAAAGCGACAAUGCGGUGAAGUUUCACCAAGUGAGAGGCUAGGUAGUGGGAACUUAUCUAAAAUGGGAAGCCAGAUUCACAGAAAUGGCCAUGAUGUGGUUAUUUAUAGAUUGGAAGACAGAGCAAAGAGUGUAGGCUUGAAUAAGCGUGCUCGUUCAUCCAUAUCUGAUGUUCAGCCAGAAGCCAGGUUCACCACGUUCUUAGAGAAGGAUAGUGAUGAUGGUUCUUUUCGAAGUGAAGAAAAGACUCGCAAAUUGCUUGCUGGAGGAGAGGGAUUGGAUCAGAAAAUUAAAAAGAAAAGAUCCGUUGGAGCUGUUGGUUAUAGGGUCAAUAAUGGCGAUCGAGAAAUAAAACGAGCUACUCAUACAAAGCUGAAUUCUGAUUCUAAGUUACGGUCUUGUGAUGCUCAAGGGCACAGAUUGAAAUCUUCAUCUGGAGUAAAUGGAAUGAACAGGUUGGAUGGUUCUUGCGAUCCCACUCGUUCAGAUGCAAGUACCAUAUCAAAGAAUGAACUUGAAAGUGCUCUCCCUUUGAAGGGUCGUACAUAUAUAUUGGAGCAGAGGAUGCUUAAAGGGAACAAUAGGCCAAGUAACCGAGAAGACAACUCAGUAGGUAGUCCUUGUACCGUGAUUAAAGCAAAGGUCUCUAGGGGACCAAGAACUGGAUCAGUUGUGGGAUUAGACUCAUCCCCAAACAUUCAUUCUUCAUCUGAAACUCAUCAAACCUGGGAAUCUGCAAGUGUUAGCAAAGCCCAAUUGACUGGACUUUCAAGUAAUCCAAAGCAUGCGAUACCAACUGGUUCGUCUUUGUAUCCUGCUACCCAAUGGGUUGGCCAGAGGCAUAAAAACUCUCGUACUAGGAGAUCAAAGCUGCUGCCACCUGUGCCAGACCAUGGUGAAAUUCCAAGUCCAUCUCAAGACUCUGCAGCUUCUGAUUUUGGUCCGAGAACAAAUAUGACAGAUGGGUCAGUAUUGGCUUGUAGUGUUGACAACAAUACCAUGAAGUUUAAAAAGGAAGUAGAUAAUGUAUCUUCUCCAAGUGGGAUGUCUGAAAGUGAAGAAUCAGGACCUGGAGAUGACAAAGUGAAACCAAAAGUUACAAGCAGUGGCAAGUUUUCUUUGAGUGCAGGAGAUGAAGCUGGGUCUUCUAUAUUGCUGGCGAGGAAGAAUAAGGUGCUGGUGAAUGAAAAAGGAGAUGGUGUGCGAAAACAGGGAAGGAGUGGAAGGGGCCCUACCCUAGUUAAACCUGACAGCCCUUUGGUGAGAGAUAAGUCAGAGAGCCCAUUUGCAGAAAAACCACUCCAGAACAUGAAGCCUAUCACUGGGAAAGUUAGAAGCAAAUCUGGUCGUCCACCAUCUAAAAAACUGAAAGAUCGCAAGGGUUCAGCUCAUGUGGGGUUAACUUGCCGCUCCUCAGAUAUCACAGGUGACUCUGACGAUGAUCAAGAAGAAUUAUUUGAGGUAGCCAAGUCUGCUCGCAAUGCCAAUAUUCGUGCUUGUACUGGUCCAUUUUGGCAUAAAGUGAAUUCCAUCUUCAUUUCUGUUAGUCCAGCAGAUGUAUCAAACUUGAAGCAACAGCUAAAUUUGGCCGAGGAGCUUAGUGAGAGGUUGUCUCAGAUGCAGGACAUGGAACACGAUAACUUGGAUCUUGGUGUAAAUGUAAUUGAAACCAAUUGUUCUGAAGAAAUUCGAGGAUCCAACUUUAGUAAGGAAUUUAUUCAGUCUGGUGCAAAAGGUGGCAGCUUUGACGUGGGAAGACUAGACAAGGCUGUACCCCUGUACCAACGAGUUCUUUCUGCAUUAAUAGAAGAGCAUGAUUGUGAUGAAUAUUACCACCAAAGUGAAGGGAAGCACACGUUUCUGCAAUCAGCAAGUGAUGAUUCUUAUUGUGGUUCUUGUAAUCUUAAUGAUUAUGAACACAGAGAUAAAGUGGAAUCUGAGGCUGAGUCAACGAUCGAUUUUCAAAUCCCAAAGAACAAUAUGUUUGACAGAUUCUCAUGUGAUAAAAGUGCUGUGUCUAACUCAUAUCGGAACCCAAGCAUGUCUAGCUUCAUUCAUGGUGGCGAGCAGUGGCAAGGAGACGAUGAUAUAUCAAAUUGUGAUGUUGGACACACCAGUGAAAUAUGUUCAAAUGAUUCUUUCCAGCUACAAUCUGGCGAUUUUAACGUACCUAGUAUUUCUUCCAACUGCCAGUAUCAGAUGAUGCGACUGAAUGACAAACUUCUAUUGGAACUACAGAGUAUAGGGUUGUAUCCAGAGACCUUGCCUGAUCUGGCCGAGGGAGAAGAUCUGAUUAACCAAGAAAUUAUGGAGCACAAGAGAAGCUUGUGCCAACAGAUUGGGAGAAAGAGGCGCCACCUGGAAAAGGUGGAACAAUCUAUCAAGAGAGCAAAAGAGAUGGAAAAACGGGAAGUUGAGGAAGUUGCGAUGGACCAACUUAUUGAGAUGGCUUACAGUAAGAAAAUGGGAUAUCGUGGCAGUGGUGCCUCUAAAAGUACGGUUCGCAGGGUCUCAAAAUCAGCGGCCCGGUCCUUUAUGAAGCGCACACUCACCAGAUGUCACAAAUUUGAAGAUACUGGCAUCAGUUGUUUCAGUGAGCCUGCAUUGCGGGAUAUUAUUUUCUCUACACCUUUGCAGCAAAGGGAUGCAAAAACCAUUGACUUCGGUGGCUCUACAACUGCUACUAAUGCAUUCUACGAGUCUUCCCGUCAGAUGGACGACAGGAGAUUGGGUGCUGUUUCUGGCCCAUCUGAGAGAUAUGACUCACAAAGUGAUACACUGGAUAAAGGUUCUUCAAAUGCUCAAGCGAUUAAUUCUUCUGAGCUAGGCUCGAUGCGUGGAUCCAUGAUGAUUAAGCAGAAGAAGAGGGAAAUGCGCAUCGACGAAGUUGCUGGAAGUGCUUCCUCCAGGCUCACCCCAGGCACUAAAGGCAAGAGAAGUGACAGAGAAAGGGACCCGAACAAAAACCAUCCUCUUUCGAACUUCUUUGGUUCAUCAUUGGAUGGCUGCCAAGGUGUCCGAAAAUCAAGGCCAAAGCCCAGGCAGAAAGGUAGUUGUUUGUCCACUUCAGGAAGCAGAUCUGAGAACCAACUUUCGGAAGUCCCAGAGUCUUUGACUUCUCAAUCUUGUAAAACGGGAGCAAGAUUCAGUGACAGAACAAGAGGAAACGACCCGGAUUUGCCUGCUAACUUUCUGGUAGGGUCAUCUAAAGACGCCGAUGAGUCAACUAGUUUGAGGAACUUACAAUUGCAUGAUUUAGAUGUCAUCGAAGAACUAGAUGUGUCGAAAGACCUUGGCGAUCAUCAAGACCUCGGUUCUUGGUUGGAUAUUGAUGAAGAUGGGUUACAAGACCAUGAUGCUAUCGGUCUCGAAAUUCCAAUGGAUGAUCUUUCUGAGUUGAAUAUGNGUUCUUGA